AUGACGACACGUUCUAUAUUAUUAUUAACAUUUUUAUUACAAUUUAGUAAAUUUGUUCUAGGUGAUAUUGGAGUUAAUGAACCUCAGGCAGGGGACAUAUAUAAACCUAAGAAUGGUGAAAUUUCUAUGUCUAUUGCACUGUCAGAUAAUACAGAUUAUCCACAAAUGGCAGAUCUUAAAUUAUUUAAAAUUAAACUUUGUUCAGGUGCAAAUUCAGAUUUUGAUUGUCCAAGUUCCAUAGAGACAAGUUUAAGUCCCACUGAAUUUACUAAAAGUAUAAAUGCUGAUGACGGUUCAACAAUUUAUAGUUAUAAUAUAAGUUUUUCUGAUUCUAUUGUUGGUUCAGGUCAAUUUUUCCUCCAAAUUAAUGGAUUAGUUGAUAGUUCAAAUUAUGCUAUUCAUUAUAGUCCUAGAUUUUUAUUACAAAAUAUGGCAGGUGCCGUUGGUACAAAUACUGUUACAGCAUUAACAGAACCUUCAGCAGAUUAUAAUUUACCAAAGAAAGGUGGUGGUAAAAUUGAUAGUAGAUCUUUUACAAUUCCAUAUACUUUACAAACAGGUAUUAGUAGAUUUGCACCAAUGCAAUUACAACCUGGUUCAGUAGUAACUAAGACAAGUUGGUCAAAUAAGUAUCCAACAAGUACUGUCACAUAUUAUUCAACACUUGCAAAAUCAUUAGAACAAAUGACAACGAUUACCCCCGGUUGGUCAUAUACUUUUAAGAGUGAUUUUAAUUAUGUAUCUGUUGCACCUUUCCCAUCUGAUAAUGGUGGUUGGUAUGCACCAUCAAAGAGACAGACUUUAUCAGUUAGGAAAUUAAAUCGUUAA